GUGAUUGAGAUUCUGAAAUAUUUUGUCUCCUACACCUACCUGCCUGCACCUUUCUGUCACAGCGAACGAACAUGGCAGCGAAACGGGCGCGCUUCUGCUUCGAACUCCCCGGCCGCGGGCUCAAGGACGAUUCCAGUAGUAGUGAUGAGUCCGAAGAUCUUCGAAUGCGAGGUGCCUCGAAAGUACGUGUGACAUCCGUUGCCUCCCACGAGCCCCCAAAUGAUUUCCCACACAGCACUCCUAACGCUUUCCAUUGAAGCUCCCGGAUCCGUACCACAUCUUCGGUCUCACGAUUCCAGCCUACAGCCAUCCUCGAAUCCAAGCCUGCAUGCUCGGCUGUGUACUCUUCAUGACCGUGGGAAUGUACAAUGUGAUCACAUUCAUCGGUGGCGCUGGUCAACAAACCGCCUGGCUCUCCGAUGUAGCCAACAUUGCCCUCUACUGCGUCUUCACCGUCUUCUGCUUGAUCGCACCGGCAUGUCUCAAUUACUUUGGCCUCCAAUGGACGCUCUGCUUUGGAGGUUUUGGCUAUGCAGCCUAUGCCGCCUCCCUUUGGUGCUACAACCACACGCAGAAUUACCAAUUCGUCAUCUUCGGUGGUUCGUGGUGCGGCCUUUCUGCCGCUUUUCUCUGGUGUGCUGAGGGCACUGCAAUCACGGCCUAUGCUUCCGAGGAAAAGAAGGGCUUGUAUGUGAGUAUCUUCUGGACAAUCUUCCAGUUUGGUGUCGUGAUCGGUGCGGCGAUUCCUGUGGCCCAAAAUUGGAAUGCCGGGACGAAUAACGGGUCUAGAGUCAACGAUGGGACCUACAUGGGGAUGAUGGUCUUGAUGCUCUGUGGGGCAUUCCUGGGCUUGUUCCUUUGUCCAUGGUGGAAGAUUGUGAGAGAGGAUGGGUCCAGAGUGGUCUUGAAGCAGGAUCAGGAAAAAUCGUUCAAAGAGCAGCUUGUCGCAUCGGCUCUGGUCUUGAAGAAAAAUUGGUGAGAGCACCACACACACACAUCUUUACCCUCGCCUCAAGCUGAUUCUUCGUCGCAGGUGGAUCAUCUUCUUCUGUCCUAUGAUGUGGGCAGUCAACUUUUAUGUCAUCUAUCAGAACAACGACUUCAACGGCAUCUACUUCACCGUCCGUGGUCGCGCGCUCAACACUUUCCUCUCCGGCGUUGUCCAGCUUAUCGCACCCUGGAUCUUGCGCAUCUUCACCGACCUCCUGCCAUUGCGUAGGAGGCAGCGAGCGUGGUGGGCGCUGGUCUACGUAUUCAUCGCCUUCAAUGCCCUGUGGCUCGGCGGAUACUGGAUCAUGAAGCGGACCCGGGGUGACUGGGAUGAAGUGGAGCGUGUUGACAUUUAUGACCAUGGAUAUGCCAUUGCAGCUUUCGUGUUCGUCAUGUACGGUUACAUGGACUCCACGUAUAACUGCUAUUGCUACUGGUUCAUCGGAGCCCUCAGCAAUAAGACAGAAGAGGUGAAAAAUCCUCAACAGGCGUCUUGUAGAAUGCAUGCUAACAUUGACCAGCUUGCUGUCUUUUCAGCAUUGUAUCGCUUCCUGAACGCGGGAUGCCAGAUCGCUGCAUAUAGUCUUGACCUGGCCGGCUACUCCAAGGAGUUCAUGUUUGGUUCAGCAUGGGCGGUAUGUGGUCAUUUCUUAUGGUAAGAACACUCUUCAAGAAGCCCUGCUAAUGUCUGAUCAGUUCUGUGCUGCUGGACCGAUCUUUGUUUUGCCAGUCUUGAGAUAUUGGCUGAAAGAUACCAAUAUGGACGACGGCCUGAGCGUUACCCAUGGCGUGGUGGUUGACCACCAAGUGUCUGACAAGAAAGUCCCUGCGACGACCGCGGACGAAAUUUCGAAAGAGCUCGCGUAGUACAGUUGCGGGAAGUAGAUUCUUGACUGACUUAGUGUUACAUCCAUAAAUCGAGUUAGAACACCAAGAUUUAUCGAUCCGCACUGCAGCAUGCCAAUGUAUCUGAUCAGCCAAAUUGUGUGAGCUGCAAAUCAUCAUCGAU